AUGUUGGUGGUGCUCCUGCCUCUGCUUUCUACCCUUGGAACUUCUCUUCCGGGCGAGAGUAUUACAAGAAGAAGAGAUUCGGUAGUUCAGCUACACUUUGUCAAACGACCAAUUCUUCCUUUUAACAUCACCUUUCUACAAAGCCGAGACUACUACGACAAUGAUGUAGACAAUGUGGUUGAGGACUCUGUCGGGUCGUUUCUUCAAACAGAAUUCGAGCAAGCUUAUCGCUUCUUUUAUGCUUUGGAACUAGAUAAAUUGCCAUCGUCAGCUGAACUUGAGUGGCCGUUUGUGAGAGUCAAUGUCUCCUUUGCUGGAAGUUUUGUCUUUGUUCUGUCGGGAGUAAUACCGGAGGAUUCUGAACUCCAUUGUCUGCAGCAAGAAGUCUUGCUUGAUUCGUAUGUUUCAGAAUACGAAAAUCUUGUUGAAUUCAACGAGACUGGAGCUGUAGAGCUGGACUAUAUCGACUUUGGUAACAACGUGGUGUCCUGCACUAAUGUUGACGACGACGAUACUCCUAUCACGGACGCAACUGCCGACCAAGAAACUGAUGACGACAAAGUGGAUAAAAGCGCAGAGCCAGCAACCCAAAGAUCAGACAGGCAACCAGAAGCGAAAUCAAUAAACCUGAAGGAAUUUGUUUUAUCUCGAGAAUUCAUGUUCGCAGCUUUGGCAACAGUCCUUCUACCGAUGCUGAUAUGCCUCGGUUGUUUCUGGCGACAAACUACGAAGGUCGUGCGGAGGCGAGAGUCCAAAGCUGACAAAAACGAGAGAGACAGGUCUUCCACAGGAAAGACGUCAGUUAUCAUACCAUCGUAG